CGUUGUUUCUGUUCAUCACUCUCUCUCUCUCUCCAUCAAAAUUCUCUUUCCUUUUCCUGAUUAACUUCUUCAAGGAUUCUCGGAGAGACAUCGAGAGGGAGAAUUCUUGGAGGCAUUUUUGCCCUAAAAAUGUCGAUUAAUCAGAACCGGCGACCUUCGUUCUCCUCGUUGACAAUGUCGUCAAUGGCGAAGCGUUACGCUCCAUCUUCGUCAGAAAACUUCGGAAAACCGACAGCGGCGGCUCCACGGUUGACGAAGAAGCGCGCCCCGCUUAGUAACAUCACUAACCAGAAGAGCGUGUCUCGGAUCCCGAAUUCGUCGUCUACUUCGGUACAUUGCUCGAACAAGUCUGCUAAAAUCAAAGUGGCGCCCACUCAACCUGUUGGCUUAAAUGAUUUGACGAGCACUGGUUUGCGUACCCACCUGGCUGUAGUUCGAAACAAAGUUACAUCCUUAACUUGUCGGGAUGAAAAUGCAUCUGCCAUUGCUCCUAUAGUUUCAAACCAAUGUGAAACUGAAGCAUCUUCUCCCAUUCAUUGCGAAGACGUUUCGGUUUCUAUGGACGAGUCGAUGUCAACCUGUGAUUCCUUCAAGAGUCCACAAGUAGUAGAGUACAUCGAAAAUGAUGAAGUUUCUGCUGUAGAAUCUGUCGAGAGGAAGGCACUGAGUAAUCUGUACAUAACAAAGAAUUCGGAGACAACGGGUAAUUUCUGCAGCAGAGAUGCUCUGUCUGAGAUGGAGACAGAAAAAGAUAAAGCCAUGAACAUUGAUAGUAACUAUGACGAUCCACAGCUAUGUGCAACAUUUGCUUGUGAUAUUUACAAACAUUUGCGUGCUUCCGAGGCAAAGAAGCGACCAGCAACAGACUUCAUGGAGCGUGUUCAGAAAGAUGUAAAUGCCAGCAUGCGAAGCAUACUCAUUGAUUGGCUUGUUGAGGUUGCAGAAGAGUAUAGGCUAGUACCAGAUACAUUAUACUUGACAGUGAACUACAUAGAUAGGUAUCUUUCUGGGAAUGUGAUUAGCAGACAGAGACUUCAGUUGCUUGGUGUCACAUGUAUGAUGAUCGCAGCGAAAUACGAAGAGAUUUGUGCACCUCAGGUGGAGGAAUUUUGUUACAUUACAGACAAUACAUACUUCAAGGAAGAGGUUCUGGAAAUGGAAUCUUCUGUUCUUAAUUACUUGAAGUUCGAAAUGACGGCUCCAACACCCAAAUGCUUCCUAAGACGCUUUGUCCGCGCUGCCCAUGGGAUUACUGAGGCGCCGUCUAUGCAAUUAGAAUGCUUAGCAAACUACAUUGCCGAAUUAUCUCUUCUCGAAUACAGCAUGCUCUCUCAUUCUCCGUCGCUUAUAGCUGCAUCGGCGAUUUUCUUGGCUAAAUACAUUCUAGACCCCACAACAAGACCAUGGAAUUCGACGCUGAAACAUUACACGCUGUAUGAGCCGUCGGAAUUGAGAAAAUGCGUGAAGGGUCUUCACGGGUUGUGUUGUAAUGCACACACCUCGACUCUGCCUGCAGUAAGAGAGAAGUACAGCCAACACAAAUACAAGUUUGUGGCGAAGAAGUUCUGUCCUCCCAUAAUCCCAUCGGAGUUCUUCCACAACUACUACUGAAUCUUGUGGAUUUCCAGAGUCUUUGGGUAAAAUUUCAUGAAAGCUGUUCCAAUUCUGCGUUGGAUCAAGUUCCUGUGAAAAUCUAUACAUUGUAAUACAAGUGCUGUUAUACUUUUUUUUAUAAUCCGGAAAUUAAUGAAACCUUUGAUCCUACUAUAUAA